AUGUCAAAUCAUCCUACCAACCCUUCCGCGAAUACUGCGCCACACACACAAUCACCACUUGGUGCUACUAUUUCUUCGGCCCCGUUAACAACCGAACAAGAGUUUGAGACAGGUAUUCGAAUAAUUCGUGAUGCUUAUCGUAAAAAGAUCGCGACAAAAGACACGGAAAUUGAUGCGUUGUAUAAAGAUCUACGGCGUCGAGACGCAGAAAUUCAAGAUCUUCAAUUACGAAUAGUGGAAUUGGAAGCUCGACUUGCAAAAAGUGACAAGAGAAUCGCGGAUCUCUCGAAAUUAGUGACACGUCUUAAUCAGUUUCGACAGAACGUGUUAGACUCAUUAGAGGAAAAUGAUCUUUCAGAUUUCAAUAAUGUACGACAACAACGGAAAGAAACAGCAGCAGCGACCUCACAGAUUCUAUUAGAUGACGAAGCAGAGUAUUACGAGGAUGAACUUACUACUGCUAAUGCGACAACUAUUGGUGGUGGUGCCGUUGCCGGUGGUACGGACAAUCGCCAUAUUUUUGAUAUGAGUGAAUUUGAGGAAUUCAGUGAUUCCAGAUCUGUUAGUCCCGCCGGAGGAGAUGUGGGCGACUUAAUGCCAGUUACACGCGUUACAGAAAGUUCAACGAUACCGACAACAAUAUCCACGAACACGACGAUAUCAACCUCGAAAACAGCUUCUUCAACUCCCAAAUCAAAAUAUCAUGAACCAACAGCAACAACAACUACAUCACCAUCAUCAGCACCAUUAAUUAAAUCUCAACAACAAACUCGAUCGAGUGCACCUACUACACCAGCAUCUUCAGGCGGCGUUCGUGAAAUCACGAGUGGUAUCGCUGGUCUCGGUGUUGGUGCAGGUGCAAGUGUUACGGGUGGCACACAACGAAAAAAAAAUGUGACAUUUGCAUCUGAACGAAAAAAAUGGAAAAGUAGUAAUAUUGGUGGAAUUUCAAGUGCACUUACAGAAGAGCAACAUUAUGAUGAAGAAUUAAUAGAACGUCAACCACCAAUAAUACAGCAACAACAAGACGAAUUAACUCAACAACCGCCACCGCCACCACCACCUCUACAAUCAUUACAUCAAACAACAGAACAAACACAAUCUUCUAAUACAGUGGAUGGUCGUGAAUUCUUCAGGAGGGCGCGCGGAUUACUGACAAAUGAAGAAUUUAAUUCGCUAUUAUCAAAUGUUAAAGCAUACAACAACCGUCAACAAUCACGUCGACAAACUUUGGACAAUAUUCGCGGAUUGCUUGGAACUCGACACCGUGAACUAUACGAACAAUUUGUAAAAUUAUGGGAUUCAUAG